AUGGAAGAGGAGGUAAACACAACGUCCUCCAACCUCAUUGUGACGUGGAGAAGCAGACGCUGUGUGGCUCCCGUUGUAGAGGUAUUGCAGAGUCGUCCACAUCUACUUGAUUGCUUAACUAUGUUUCCUAAUGGCACGAAGGCACUGCAUUCUCCCACUACAUGCAAGAAAAUGUUCGUCCUCUUUCCGGGGAAUCCGGGCAUUGUUAACUUUUAUGAGCAGUUUGUAGAGCUUUUGUCCCUCAAAGAUGUUGAUGUGCUUGUGAUGGGCUACUCUGGCCACAGUAUUUGUGAUCGAAAUAACGGCAAGGUGUAUGGCCUGCGGGACCAGAUAGACAAUGCAAGGGAUUUUUUCGAUAGUAUUCAAGAGCGAGCCUUGAGUUACUAUGGGAAUGAUAUAUACAUUGGAGGUCAUAGCAUUGGAGCGUUUAUUGCGGCGAAGAUAUUAGUUGUCUUCCCGUGUAUUCGCCGCUGCUUCUCCCUCUGCGGGGUUUUGUCGAGAAUACAGGAGACACCUAAUGGCCGACAUAUGUUUUUCGUUGGUGGCAAUGUAAUAUUUUACUAUGUUUUCGUCUAUCUGGUAGUGGCGGUGCUCGUGCUACUGCCGAGGUUUGUUUCUUCUUGGUUUAUUCGACGCCAAGCUCCAACGCUUAGCCCGGUGUUGGUAUCGCAGUUUAUUGAACACUAUAACACGGGGGCCCUUAGGAAUUGUUUUAGCAUGUGUCGGGAAGAGUUUCAGGUUGUGAGAGAGCCGGACCAACAGUUUCUUGGGUUAGUGGGGAAGCGCAUGGUGUUUUACUGCGUUCAGGAUGAUGGAUGGGCACCACUAUCGCAUGUGCAGGAAGCGAAGGAGUUGUGCGGGGAUUGUGCCGGGUUUGUUGUGGAAAGUGAUCCGAGUGUCAUUCACGCCUGGUGUCUUUCAAACAACGAAACUGUCAUAGAGAAAGGUAUUUUACCGUUCAUGUGA